AUGGACUUGUCUAGCAUGAUCCGGCCGACGCUUCACCGGAUCACGUCCACCUUCGCUUCCACCAACAGCUACGGCGGAUUCAUCUCCCGCGUGCUCAGCUUCACCGGCUCCUUCAACGACCGGACCAGCCUGCUGCAGGAGCACGACGUCGAGCUCUGGCGCCCCACGCAGACGGAGGAGGCCGCCGCCGCUCCUCCUCCUCCGCCGGCAGCACCAGAAGCGGCGGCGCCUGCUGCACCGGCCACGACGACCGCGGCCAGCCACCCGUUCGACAUCGAGGCGGGGACAACGACGCCGCUGGCCCCCACCGCCCCCGAAGGACCGGCGGAGGGCCAGGAGGAGCCGGCUGCCACCGAGGUUGACGCGGAGUCGAGGCGCGUGGGCAAGAGCGUCCAGACCGUCUGCCUCUUCGCCGCGUCCGCCUCGCUCGUGCUGUUCGCCAACCUCCCUUCCAGCAACAAGCAGCAGCCCGGCGCCGCGCUGCCGCCGGCGACGUCGGCGUCGGGGCAGGGGCAGCACCCUCUGCUGUACUGCGCCGACAUGGCGUUCAUCAGCCUCGGCUUCUUCUCGAGCCUGGGCCUGUCCAUGUUCUCGAUCGUGGCGAGGCCCGGCGGCGAGGCGGCGGUGGCCAGGGUGCAGAAGUGGGGGAUGGUGGUGGCCGUGGCGUCCGUGGUCGUGGCCUUCUCGCUGCGCGUGUGCAUGAUGCCCGCUGCCGCUGCGUAG